CUCCCGCCGCUUCCCGCCGCUCGCCCCCCGUUGGGAUGUCCGCCCUCCAGAUCAACCUCAACCCGCUCAAGGAGCCCAUCGGCUUCAUUAAACUCCUCGAAUGGGUGUCAUCCAUCUUUGCUUUUGCCACCUGUGGAGGCUUUCAUGGCACAACCAAAAUCUUGGUUUCCUGUAAAGACGUUGUUAAUCAGUCUGUUUCUGCUGCUUUUGCCUAUCCUUUCAGGUUGAAUCAUGCCAACUUUCAUUCGGAACCGGCAACGCUGUGUAACAAAACCUGGAGUAAGUUUGUUCUGAUAGGAGACUUCUCUUCUUCUGCCCAGUUCUUUGUAACUUUUGCAGUCUUUGUUUUCCUCUACUGCAUGGCUGCCCUCGUGCUGUAUAUUGGUUACAUGAACCUUUAUCGGGAGAAUCGCAAGUUGCCGAUGAUCGACUUUGGUAUUACGAUUGUCGCUACCUUUCUGUGGUUGGUGAGCACUGCAGCCUGGGCUAAGGCCCUCACAGAUAUUAAAAUAGCCACGGGGGAAAGUGUGCUUCACGAGCUUGACCCUUGUAAGGGAAUCACCUGCCUCUUCGACUCCGUGACCAGCAUGGGAUCGCUGAACGUGUCCGUGGUCUUUGGGUUUCUGAACAUGAUACUCUGGGGAGGAAACGCUUGGUUCGUGUACAAGGAGACCAGCUUCCAUAAUCCAUCGAAUGCUGCCACUCAUGGAUCCGGAGGUGUGCCUCCUACAGGGAUGUAACGUGAGAGAGAUCUUCCGGGCGGUGGAUCCGUUUUACAGCCUAUGGCCAACAUCUUGAAGCGUCAAAUUUGUUUCUAAUGAAAGAACUGGCUUUUUCAGUAAAUUGGUUGGUGGAAAAAAAAAUCUGCUUUUUUUACUUAAAAGCAUGUGCCUUUAGAAAUUCAAGAUGUAAAUGUUCCAAACUUUAUAACCUUGGAAGUACAGGGGUCGAUUGAGAUUGUAUACCUUUUUAAAAGUGCAGUUUCUUCAAGUUGUUUGCAUAGCAAAAAUGUUCACUUCCUGAGCUUUGACAAGCAUGUUUAUUCAGGAAGAGGCCGUGUACUGUCCUUAGCGGAAUAUUCACGAGGAGAAACUGCAUUUGGAUUAAGCACUACUGUAAGUUUGUACAGUUCACUCUCCUUAAAAACCUAUCUAUUUUGGGGGGUUUUUUUUUGGUUUGUUUUGUUUUUGGUUGUUUGUUUUUUUUUUUAAAGGCUUGAUUGCAUAAAUGUAUAGUCUUUCCACAGAGCGUUUAGUUCUACUUUAAACAGAGUUCAUGUGGUGGUGUUAGGAAGAUUCUCAAAAUGCAAAGCCGGACAAUUCUUGAAAGGCAGAGAUGGGUAUCUUAACCUGCAAUAGUACGUAGUUGUACAAAAAGCUGUUCGGAGAGAGAGGUUUGGAAAUUUUCACGUGUGUGUGGGUACGCUUUCUCAUAAGGUGAGUUCAGCGAGUCUGUCUUUGAGGCGGGGGGAGGGUGCUCCAUUGUGCUGUGGGGAGCGAUAGGUUUCUAGAAGCCCAUUCAAUGGGAAUAUAAUUUGACUGGGUACUUUCUCACUUUGCCAGCAUACUCUUAGUUUGAUUGGUUUGGUGUCCUGUGUGUGCUACUCUUGUGCAGGGUGAAAUGCGAUUUCCAGAUGAGUUCAGCAUGGUAAGCUACCAUUUUGACACAACCUCUGGGGUGGGGAGGGGAAAUUACAGAUGGUUUUAGGAAUGGUGGACAGCUCUUUGAAAGCGCUAAGCGUAUUUCAGAACAAGUCAAUUAAGUUACUGCGGGAAAUUUAGCGCUAUUAUGAGAGAUGAAUGGGAUUCAAGUUUCACGUUUCUUAAUGCUAGUAUUCUUAUUACAGAAACAGAUUUUUUUUUCCUCAAUUAUGGCCUCAAAGUAAACAGGAGCACAACAGAUGAGCAUGAGGAGGAGGACCCAUUCUUUGCAAACUCAUUUGGGGGCGUCCAGAGUACAGAGUUUCGUUCACCUUUACGCUUGUUUGUGCAGGGAAGUAACGCUCCCUUCCCAUGUAAUUGUUCAUCUGGAGAAGCACAUCUCACUUUGUUUCAUUUCUGUUGCCUUUAUUCAUGACGAUUGUCAGUGAAAUACGGAUGUCUUUACGCAUACCACUUAAUUAAAUGUUGAAGGAAAAUUA